ACUGCGAGGAAACUUGAUAUGAUUGAAAACAAACAGCUUGUCUUCAGAUAGAUUAGAUGGAGUCGCCUGUGAUUUUGAACUCCAGAAUAGCUGCAGUGGACACGUUCACAAAUGACAAACUAUCUUUAUCUUCUAUCACUCCAUUCAGAGUUGCCUUAAUUGACAUUUUGUAUCAGUACUUACAGACCCAGAAAUCAGUCGAUGUUCCUUAUCUGGGUCUGAAAUGGGAGCAGCGUGUCACUUUGUGCCUGAAGUUUCUUCAUUGGAUCAUAGGUCCCGAUAUCACAUAUGACCAGUUAAAAUUGGAGUUGAAUGAAAUCAAAGAUGAAUUUGGAACUUACAUUUUUAUGGGAAUUGGAGAGCGCUAUAAUGACUCUGAGUGCUUAGUCAAUCUUUUCAAAAAUGUCGACAAAAUGUUAAGUGGUGAGAAAUCAAGCAGGAGUUCAAAUAUUGAUGGUCAAAGUCCAGUUGGUCUUUUCUUGCGACGACACUCGUUGAUGUUCAAAAACUUGACUUUCAUGCAGGUUUCGAAACUGUGGAAGUGUUUUGAGAAAUACUCGACACAAGAUACUGAAGUACAAAUCAAAGUUGAGGAUUCUUUUGAUGACAUUCUGGUCAACAAUGCGGUCGAUAUUUCCAAUUUGAGCAUCCAAGAUCGAACUAAUAAGAAUGAUGUUAAAGAUGAAAUGGAAUUAGGGCCAAGUAAUUUCAAUAGCAAGUUCCUAUUCUCAAAAAAACAAUCCGAGUUUUUCAUAUCGAAACAGAUUUCGCUGUUGCUUCAAAAAGACAAUUCAGCAAUGCAAUCGAAAGACCUUCAGAAAGUUAUAAAUCACUUGUUAACUAAUAAUUCACAGCAAAGUGAAGUUUUGUACCUGCAGUAUCUUAACUCUUUACGUGCAAGAGACUAUACUGUAUGUUUGAACUCUCUGAUUCAAUAUUUUGACUCGAAAUCAAAUGCAAUCGGCCAGAAUGUUAAUAAUUUCGCCACUCAAUCAAACGACGAAAUAGCGAAAAGUUUUCGAUUUGCAGCUUUGAAUUUGGCGAUUUUUCACGUUGAAUUGGGUCAUUGGGAGAUAGGCGAAGCGGCGAUUAAAGAAGCGGUCCGAAUGGCACUAGAGGCCAAUGACAUGGUAUGUCUGCAACAUUCUCUAAUGUGGAUGGAAAUUAUAAAAGACGAACUGUCUGAGAAGUUAGAGUCGAAUUCAUUUUGCUCCUCGCUCAAAAAUCACAUUUCAAGUGUCUCGAGCGUGAGCGAAAACGCGGAUAUGACAUUUCGAUCUUGGGUUCAGAAAAUGUUGCAGAAUGGAGGAACGCCCAUUAAGUUGAUUAGGUAUAUAGAUUCUAAUGCAAGCGCCUACGUUGAAUCUGUAUUGGGCGAAAGUGCAACACCAGCUACCUGUAAUACGAAUACAUUGACAGGAACGUCCCUGGCAACCCAAUAUGUAUUGCAGGCACGUGCAUGGAAAACGUAUGGAUUCUCCUACAUGGCUUCUCUGUAUUUCCAAUUGGCUCUUUUCAGCAGCCAAUCAUAUUCGAGCUCAAUCUCUGCGCCAAUCAAAUCGCAGCCCGAAUCCGCAUGUAUCGCCAUUACAGAAAUGGCGGGAAUCUUGAGAGAUUUCGGAUCAUCGGCGAAAUAUAAAAAACUGAUUGACUUUAUUUCUAAAGAAUGUGUGUAUGACCUAAGCAGCUCAAAACACUGGAGAGCUGUCAGUGCUGAAGUUUCGUGCAAAGAUGCCGUUUUGAGAAAUGAUUCGAAAUUACUGAAAGUCAGCUCAGCUGAGCUCAAAAUGUAUGCACCUCGUUUAUCUGAUGUGUACUAUGCGAAGUACAAGUAUGCAUUGAGAAAUUCGACCCAAUCAGUUAAGUUGCUGUCUAGCGUUUUGAGCUCGAACGCUUAUGCCGAUGUUAAAAUUUUAGCUCAUUGUUCCUUGGCCGAUAUUUAUUUCGGCUGCAAAGAGUUCUCACGUGCAAUAAAUUUCCAUCUUUUACCAGCUUUAGAAAUGAGUAAUUCUUUAUUUCUGAGAAAAACUGCAGCUGAAAUUGAGGCUAGAAUCGCUGUUUGCCAUUUCAUGUUAGGUGAUUCCGAUUUGUGUUUGAAAACCAUGGAAAAGUUAACGAAGUCUGUUUUAACUGAAAGUGAUUUUUCGACCAGAAUUCAAACGAUGUGUUGGUUUUGUAAAUGUUUAAUGCGAGAUUUCAACAGCAGAAAAGCAGGUUUAGACGGAAAAAAAUUGAAAUCAAAUUUAGAGUUCAUCGGAAGAAUAAUUCGUGCGAUAGAAUACGAGUUCGGAUCUGAAAAUAAGGCGGAGACUGUUUUUUUGAGGAAAGAGGUGAUUACAUUGAAGACAUUUUUGUGUCAGCUCAUGGGAAGAAAACAGGAAAGUUUUGACCUCGCGAAACAGUUCAAUUCACUCCACGAAGAGUGUAAAUCCGACUGGCCUAAAUUUAUUCUGUCCUGAAAUAUAUAUAAUUUAAAAAAAAAACUAAUUUGAAAUAGAUUGAUUGACUUCUGAAUUUUAAAUUAUUGUUAUUCAUGAAUCAAAGAUGUGAAUUGGCAGUAAAAGCUGAAA